GAUUUUAUCAAGCAGUAUCGAAUCCUUUUGCCAAAUGGUCGCGAGAGCAGUGUAGAGGAUGUGAAAGAAUUCAUCAAGCGACAUGCACUGGUUGGUGAUGACCAAGUGCAAUUUGGAAUCACAAAGGUAUUCAUGCGCGAUGCUGAAAAAUUACUUCUGGAUGAUCAUUUGCAUCGAGCGAUUAUGAAGCACAUCGAAACGCUGCAGCACUGGUUCCGAGCACUGCUAACGAGGCGCAGAUACGUCAGACUGCGCUCCGCUAUCAUUGCAAUUCAGGUUCCACAUAUUACUAAUUUAUUCGACUUCUAA